AUGUCUGUCUCGCGAGACAUCACGGUUGCCGUGGUAACCCGCCGCUCACCGUCUCCGAGGCUAGGCAACAAUGUAGGCGAUCAUGAGCCUCCUGAAAGGAGAGUAAAGAAGACUUUGCGUUCUGCGACAGCGGCUCAGAAAAGUCCUCCAAAUGUCCGCCGUAGCAACUCCGACCAGUGGAAACUAACGGUUAUGAAUGGAGUCGCUAGGAAGGCACGGACAGCCGCAAAACAGCUGAAGGACGUUUGCAAGGUCAGGCCUCUGAACCUGUUGAUUUAGCUGUGGCGAGAACUUAGAAGAAAGUAGGUUGCUUCUGACUUAAAGAGCCUGAAAUGUGAAAAACUGCUCAAGAAAUCUCUCAUUGUCAGUCUCAGCAAGAGAGCACUUUAG